UCGGCAGUCGCGGCAGUCGUCACGGCGGCGGAGUGGCGGUGCGGCGCGGUCAGACACUCGGUCAGACAUCACCUCGGGCGACGUGAUGAGGGCCUGCUUGGUGUCCGCGCUGUUGCUGGUCGUGGCGGGGGCGAACGCCGCCAAGCUGCCAUCCACAUGGCAGACUUGCGUCAUCAACCAGCCCGGGACUGACGCUUGCCUGGCGAAGAACAUCCAGACCGCCAUCCACGACCUCGCCGUCAAGGGGUCGCCGUCCCUGGGCGUGUACCCCAUCGACCCGUUGAGGGUGACCAAGCUCAGUCUCUCUUCCGGAUCCGGCUCAUUCGUCUUAGACCUCACAUUCUUCGACCUGGACAUCUUCGGCCUCAAGAACCUCAACAUAGAAGAAGUCAAGUCGGACAUCCCCAACGGCGUCUUGAAAUUCAGUCGAGGCACCAUCAAGUCCGAUCUGGUGCUGAGCGGUGACUACGCCGUCAAGGGUAGGCUUCUGGUGGUGCCCAUCGGAGGGACCGGCAGGUGCAACAUCACUCUGGGAAACCCUGUGAAAGUCGACGGCCGGUUGGCACUGUCCAAGUACAAGGGCCCCGACGGACGCACGUUUGCUCGAGUGGACGACUUCCAGUUCGACUUCUCGCAGAAAACUUUCACUCUCAAUUUUCACGAUAAAGAAAUUGGCGGCACGGCUCUAGGUGCGACUCUGAACAGGAUUGCCAACGAUAACUCCCGAGAAAUCCUGAAGGACCUGAAGCCCGCCAUCUCCAACGCUUUCGGACAGGCCUUCCAGGAUAUUGCCAACAGAAUUUUGUCCAAGGUCCCUUUCAACGAGGUUUUCCCGAGUAAAUAAUGUACUGUUCCCCAUAGGUAGGUGUAAUUGAGGAACAGGUCGUGCUUCACUGGAAUGAACAGAGCAGUACACCGGGCUGGCCUCCCUGGGGUCUGCAGGCGUUCUCUUUAUUUCAGUGUAGCGCCCCUGUGCAAUGGCAGAGGCCAAAUGAUGUGACUGAUUGUUGUAUACUGUAUUAUGUUGCUGUAUCAGUUGAUCUCAGCGGCCCCACGGCCCCUCAAGUAUCUUGGCAUUCCCCCUCCCCCUUUCCCAAAUGCCCACACACAGCUUUAAUUUUAGUUAGUACUUUUCCAACCUUUAAGAAAUGUGAAACUACUUAGGCGAAUGAAUUGAUCGGAGGAAAUA